AAAUGAACGAUUAGACGGCUUACGUUAACGCCCAGUAAACGGGAAAAGGGAUUUAAGAUGUAUGUCGCCAGCUACAACGAUUAGACGGCUAACGUUAACGUUCGGUUAACGUAACGGUUAACGUUCGUUGUUUUGAUCGACUAUGACUGACAGACUUAUCAGCUAGUUUGAGUUUGUUUUAGAUACUGUCAAGGUAUUGUGCAAAAUGUAACGUUAACGUUAUAGUAUUGUGUGUUCGUCUUCUUCCUUCCUCACAGUGUCAUUGAGAGACAAGGUGACAGGAGAGAUCAGCGUGAGGGCAGUCUGUCAUAGAUCAAUGAGGAAAAGUGAAAAGCCACACGACUUAAGAGUAGGGUCAUUGUUAGGGCAAUGGUUAGGUUUGACAAACUGAUAGUUACCUGUCAGCUAAAUUAAAGCACACAUAUCAUAUCUGCUAUCUUAAAUUAAACCCCUUUACCCCUCCCUACAUACACAGCUUGUUGCCUUAUCUCAACAUGCAUACAGCACACUGCCCCCAUUACCACCACUUCCAUCACUCCCCUGUAAUCAUCCCUGGAUGCUCCUUGUUGGGUUAGGGUUGGGUUAGGGUAAGGGUUAGGGUUAUCUAACGCUAAACAAAUGACCUGUAUCAUGUGUAAUACAUUUUCAUAUUUUUGUGUGAACUUCAUAGAACAGCCUACAGUAAUGUAUUUCUUGUUAGCCUAAUGCUUUUGCUGUCAAUCAACAUCUCAUGUAAGCUUCUAUUUCUCUAUAGAUGGUGUUAAAACACUCAAAACCAGUUGUUUUGGUGAGCAGCCAUUGUUCCUGUGUGGCGGGCUGUGCCUUAUGCAAUCAUUUGGUUGCACUCCUGUAUCAGACUGCCCACUAUUCACAGCUAAGCAUUCCUGCUGUUCCCCCCGUGCACAGCUGCACAGACACAGAGCAGAUCUGGCACAAACCGAGGACACUGGGUGUGAGGCCAGGCCCAGUUGGAGAAAUGGAGUUUCGAAAACCCAAAAAUUCAACUGCAGACUGUGUAAGAAGUUCUCUCUACAAGGCGGUGGAUGGGGAACUGCUAGAUCUUGCCAUGUUGAGAGUUUCAGAGGUGUACAAAGAUUUCCCUCCUUCACUUGCACCCUUGGUGACAACAAUGGGCAUGUCCGCUGAUGUCCCAUUAGUCCAGUCUGCAUUUGGAGCUGUCCAGGCAGGGAGCUUACUGUCAUUUCAGCAAAAACCUCCAGCAAUAAGGGAAGUCUUCAACAUCCCAUCUGCUCCUGCUUAUCCCUCCCUUCCCAUCCACAGCCACAGGCUUCAACCGCCAUCCUGUGCCUAUGUUCUGUCAGAGCAAGAAAGUCUGCACCUGAAGUCUCUGGAUGUGUCAUUCAACAUGGCCCACAGGAUAGAAGCUGGAACACAAAUGCAGAGUUUGUGCCAGCAGUGGCAUCGCUUGAGAAGAAUGCGUGUGACAUCUACACGUUUCUAUGAGGUAUGCCAUGUUCGUGGACAUACAUCUGCAGAAAAUCUGGCUGAGAGAAUUCUCCGGGGAACUGGGCAGACCAGGGAUAUGAGGAGAGGAAUUGAUAUGGAGCCACGUGCUGUUAAAGAGUAUUGCACGCUGAAAAAUGUCAACUAUUCACCCUGUGGGUUCAUUGUGCAUCCUGAUGCUCCAUGGCUAGGAAGUUCUCCUGAUGGAGUCAUCUUUGAUCCCUCUGGGAACCCACCAUUUGGUCUCCUUGAGGUCAAAUGCCCCAAUAUCCAGAGCUAUGUAGACUGUCCCUAUCUAAAAAUGUCAGGUGGUGCUUUGAAACUCAGGAGGCAGCACAAGUACUACUGGCAAGUUCAAGGUCAGAUGCUACUGACAGGGCUAGAGUGGUGUGAUUUUGUUGUUUAUGCUCAGGAGGACAUGUUUGUCGAGCGUAUUUAUAAAGACCUUGAUGUAAUGCACACCAUUAGAGACGGAGCAGAUCAUUUUUUCUUUUACCACUACUUACAGAAGUGUUUACAGUAAAUCAGUCCAAUGCCUUUGUAUAGUAUCCAUCAAUAAGUGUAAUCAGUUGCAAUCAGUUCAUUAAUCAGUUUCAAUCGGUUCAGUGA